GUAGCAUUCGACGUACUUCCGUCAAUCCCUGUCGAGACGUAACAUUUCAUUCUCUUCACCGUGGGCGACUUGCGAAAACGAGGGGAAUCAUCAAGUCGCUGGCCCAGCCUCGACAACGCCACCCCAACAUCAAAUAGAAUGGCGAAAGUACCGUUCAGUCCACCUCUUCCCGACGGUCAACCGCAGUGCGACUUGGAAGACGGUGAGAUUGCAGAACCAGCCUUACCCCUCCGAAGAGACUCCAUCCAUUCCAAGAGCAACAAAGUCUGCUUCUUCUACUUCCAUCACGGACAUUGUCCUCGAGACCCGGAAAAUUCUCCAAGACCAGAAAGACCAUGUGCCCACACACAUCAUUUCGAUUCUAGUCAGCUCCCGCCGAAGGCCCCCAGCAUCCCGAGGCGGAUGCACAAGAAACCGUGUGGCAUUUCCACAUGUCCGUUGAGACACGGGAUGAAGCAAAUCGUACCGAAGUCUGAGGAGGAAAAGAUUGCGCUGCGAGAGGCGACCAAGCACAAAGACCCCGGCAGCACAAACCCCAAGAAGCGCAUACAAGUUGCAGCCCUGGAGUUACCCGCGACGAAGAAGAUAUGCAAUGUGACCAGCAGCGACAAGGCACUGAUAUUUGGCCCCAGCCCUGGCAGCUCAAAAGACACCUGCUUUUUCUGGUAUCACGGCCAUUGUGCGCGCUCCAAGGACCCCCGCAACAGAUGCAUGUACAGACACGAGCUUACCGAUCCACCGACCAUGGUACAGCCGCCACCAGGUUACGUGCAUCGGAAUGGAGGAUGCGGCUUGCCUUGGUGUCCUGGAGACUUCAGAGUCUCUGAUCCACAGCCGAAGCCGAAAGAGCAUGUCCCCCAAGCAGUGAAAAACGAAGACGAAUGCGAGCAGAACGAGGAGAGCGGGGACGAAGACGGCGAGAGCAGGGAGGAAUGGUAUCUGAAGGGGUUCGACGAUGUUGGGUGACUGCCCUCUCUCACGACUCUCUCCAUUACCUGUCUGUUUC